AUGCGCUUGCGCACCGUGUCAUACUUAUCACUUAUGAAUCAGCUGACGAGUAAAGAGGAUUGUUGCUUGCGAAUUCGAGCGAUAUUAGAGUAAAAGUUAAAAAAUAUGUCGUUAAAUACGGCGCACGCGAAUGGCGGCGUUCUUAUACACGCCAGUGAGUGCAUAUUAUUAUUUUGCGACAAUGUUACGAUGGAAUUCCAUGGACAAGAACAACCGGAGUUUAUGGGUAGCAAACGUGGUCGAUUGUACCUGACAACGCACAGAAUGAUCUUUAACUCUAAAGAUCAAAAAGACAAAAUGCAAUCGUUUAGUUUCCCAUUUGUGACGCUGAACGAAGUUGAAGUGUACCAACCGAUGUUUGGAGCUAAUUACAUCAAAGGCAAAUGCCGUGCUCAACCUAAUGGUAAUUGGAUCGGAGAAUGUAAAUUCAAAUUGCAGUUUAAAAGCGGUGGUGCGAUAGAGUUUGGACAGGCCAUGUUAAGAGCAGCAUCAAUGGCUCAACGUAAUGGACCUGCAUCCGAUGCCCCACCACCUUAUCAACCACCGACAUCAAACUGGUAUGCUGCACCACCACCUGCUUAUCAAGCUGCAACAACCGGGUAUUAUGGUUGGGUACCGCCUACUAAUGUAUUUCCGGAUAUGCCUCCAGCAAACAGUGUAUUUAUGACGGAUAUGCCACCUCCAUAUCCUGGUAUAAAUGCACCUUAUCAAGGAUACGCGAACGAUGCACCCCCUCAAGGUGCAUGGGGUGGCGCUGGUCAACAACCUGUGUGGGCACCACCUCAACAAAACGGCGCACCUGGAUGGCCAAAUCCAAAUUAUAAUAGUCAACCAAUGUCCCAAGCAGGUGCGUAUCCAACCUAUGGGCAACCGACUUAUAAUAAUUACGUACAAAAUCCACCGCCAUAUUCUCAAUACCCUCAAAGUAAUAAUUAUGCUCAACCCGGAUAUUAUCCGCAACAAAAUCCUUACAAUCAGUAUCCACAUACUUAUUAAUUAUAUUUAAUUGUGAUAAUAUACACAUUUAUAUCGUAUUUUACAUAUGUGCUAUGAAAUUACGAAAUUGAAUACAUUUAGAAGUAAUGAAAAUUUUAAAACGCGAUUCCUCUAAUCAAUUAUGCGAUAUUGUGAUAGAGAAAGCACAGUGUACAUUCGUUUAAAAUGCUUAAAAAACACACAAAAUUAUUUUGAGAAAAGGAAAAAAGGAUACAAAUACAUUUAUAUUACUAUAUUCCUCUAUAUGUGUAUAAAAGUCAUCCAAUAAUAUAACAUAUACUACAUAAUGAAUACUGAAUUACUUUCAAAUACUUUUAUUUUUAUCAAAUGUAUUCGUGAAUAAUACAGAAAACAUCACCUAUUAUUGUUAC